AUGGAACAGAAUCAGCGAGAGAAUGACCGUUUGAAGGCAAUUAUGGAUGCGAACUCGUUAAUUGAGAGUCUCGAUAAACGAACCUCAAUUCGAGCGUUUGAAAUACAACGAGUUCAGGAGCUGGAGUUGGCAUAUUCGAAGAUGAAGAGCGACCUCGAUCGCUUGAUAGAGGAGAAAACCGAGCAUGGUUAUGAGGGAAUGAACUUCAGAUCGAUUUUCGAGAAAACAAUGGAAGAAAAUGAUAGGCGUCGCGAAGAAAGUGCUGAACUGCGAGCGUUGUUGGCAUCACGAUUCGAGAAGCAUACCUUCAAUAGGGCAUCACCUCAUGCUGAUAGUGGUCAUUGGUCAUUAGCGCAUAGUGAAGAUGAUGCAUCGCUGAGUGAUCUCGAUGAAGAACUGUGCUUGGAACGACAGUGCAGACAGCUGAAAGCACAUAUCGAAACCCUUACACGAGCGAUCACCGAGAGGAAUCACGAAAUCGAACGACUUGAGAAUCGGCUCAACGAAUCACUGCCUGCUAGGGUGUUACCUAGUGCAGUGGAAGUUUACCUGCCAAUAUCAUCCAUAUUUGAUGCAAUCAUUUGA